GUUUACGUAGCCAUUUUGGCUCAAGCGUGACCGUCCGAGUUUCGAGUUCGUUGCCGAGACUCGGAAAUGUGGAGUUGCGUUGGACUGGCUUGCCGUCGGCAUGCCCAGGAUGGCAUGCUGUUGGCGUUGCGAGGUGCUGGAUGGGCUGCAAAUCGGCCUUGUGCCAGCGGGGUUCCAUCCAGGCCACUUGUUGUCCCCGGAGGCGGUGCCACGCGUGAUGGGGAGACGUCACGUCACAGCGCUGCUGGUGCUGCAGAAGACACGACUGGUGCGGUUGCCCACCCCUGCCGCGAGGAGAAGGAGCGAGCACGGCGGCAGGUGAGCGUGGAUGCUCCGCGGCAAGAGCCUGCAGGCGUAAUCAGGAAGCGACUGCGGCACCGAGCGCGCGGCCGCGGUUGGGCCGAGGCUUCCGAAUUCCUGGUCGGUUUCUUCGAUAGCCCGUUUGCCGACCAGCUCGAUGAUGAGGGCAUGCGCGCCCUCGACAGGCUUAUGCAGUGUGAUGACAUGUCUCUCAUGCGCUUUGCUUCUGGCCGCGAGGCGCCAGAGGAGCUCCAGUCUGGCGCUUUAGCGGCAGUGCGAAAGUACUUUGAGAGCUGUGGCCCGAAGAUUGCGUUCUUGGCAGCAUCGUUGCCACCGUGAUGUGGCUUGUCUGAGCGGCCUGCGGGUAGGAUUACAAUACGAGAUCGCUCUGCAGUUUGAUUCGGACUGGACAGACACAAGGCACGGCAUUCAAGUUGCAGGCUCACCCCGAGAAGAGCUCCAGUUGCAGGACCCUUCGACCCCGACAAAUCCCCCGAAGAGCCUCAUCCCCGCUCCCCAUCUCGGCGGCGAGCCAGGUGGGGACGUGACAGGGAGAAGGCCGUCUCAGAAGGCUUCG